CAGGUGUGUGAGAUGAGAGAGUGUGCGCGCUCAGGUGUGUGAGAGGAGAGAGUGUGCGCGCUCAGGUGUGUGAGAGGAGAGAGUGUGCGCGCUCAGGUGUGUGAGAGGAGAGAGUGUGCGCGCUCAGGUGUGUGAGAUGUCCUCCCCAGGUGAUCAGGGUGUGUGUUUUGUGGGGACGCGGGAGGCUGUGGUUCAGGCUGGUCGAGUGGUGAGGAGAGUUCAUGGGAGAGAUGUGCUCGUGCUCCAUCACCAGGGGGCGCUAUAUGCGCUGGAUCUGCACUGCUACCACUCCGGUGGUCCGCUACAGGAGGGGGACAUUGAGGAGUUUGGCGGCCGACUGUGUAUCGUGUGUCCGUGGCAUAAGUACAAAAUCACUCUGGCGGAGGGAGAGGGUCUUUAUCAGGCCGUCAACCCCUUAGUUAAGCCCCUCAGACCUGUAUGGUGCUCUAAAGGGGUCAAACAGAGGGUCCACCAGGUCACAGAAGUCAACGGGGACAUUUUCAUCAGACUGGACGACUCGGCCGGCGCCGUGGAGUCCGAUCACUACCAGACUGAGGAAUACAGAGCUAAACUCGUCCAGCCAGGAGGGAAAGUGACAUCACGGGAGCGAGUGUAAGGGAAGGCUCCCUGCCUCAGGACGCAGUAACCCACACCUUGGAGUUAUGGGAGUGAACGGUGUCCAGUGUUCCUUUGCUAUUCUGAGGGAUUUUUGAACAGCAUUUCCUGUUCUGGGGGAGGAACUCUGCGGUUCUAGACAGCUUAAUAUUCCUGGAUGUCAGUUCUGCAGUUUCAGUUAGAGGUUCAUCUGAUCAUCAGGCUGGUGUGUGUGUGGAUGGGUGGGUAGGUGUGUGAGAGUGUGGGUGGGUGUGUUUGCUGAGCUCCACUGAUUUUAACAGCAUUAAAACUGUGUUUUAUAUUGAAGAUCAGAUUCAUGCUGUGAAAAGAUAUUAAUUUAAUAAACUCUUGAGUUUGUUAGAAGUGUA